AUGCUGCGGGAGCAGCUAUACCGCAAGUGGAAGUGUGGGUCGGUUGGGGGGUGGAAGCAGAGGAUCUUGCUCGGCGGACGGAGCCGGCAGGCGGGAUCCAACACGUGGGACCGCCAGAGUCUUACCGCUUUCCGGCGGAUGCAAAAUGGACGAAAAGUGAAGGGGGCAAAGGUAGAGGGAAGGAGGGAAAAAAGAAAACCCCCCCAAACCCGAGAAAAAAAUUAUCCCCAGACAGGGGGGCCCAAAACAGAAAAAUGCAGAAAAGUCAUAAGAGAAAAUACAUCCCUACAGCAAAAAAGUAGGGACAGAAAAAUACAAUCUAAAUAA